AUGGCCUCUCAAUCUUCCCAUGAGAUUUUCAUGGCUAUUGUGUUUAUAACAACCAUGUUUUCGCUUGCCGGUAGCUGCAAAUUCACAUCGACAAAAGAUUUGUGCGACACGGCAUUAUUUCCCGAUUCGUGUCACAAUAGCCUCGCUAACUUAACUACUCCUCGAAAUCACACCCGACUCGACACGAUCUUCGAGCGAUCGGCCCGCGUGGCACUAACCGCGGUUUCGAAAGCUUCGUCCCGUUUUUCCACACGCGGAGCGAUAAAAAAACUAAUGCGCGUAGACGAAAAGCUGUCGAUUUCCGCACUAGAAAGUUGUGCGACUCUUCUUUCGCUCGCGAUGGACAACAUCAAUGAAUCGCUCUCGGUGAGCAAACAAGUAUCGUUUUCUAGUGGGGCCCGCAUGGACAUAAUGACUUGGAUGAGUGCCGCGGGAACCGACCUUCGGACGUGCAUGGAUGAAUUCGAAGGAUUUAGUCACGACGUGAAAAAGUUUGUGCGCGAAGAAUUGGAUAACUCGACCAAAUAUAUUAGCAAUAGUCUAGCCAUUGUGACUAGAAUCCAUUCGUGCUUGGGUUCGAUGAAAGUGAGGUAUUCGUCAAGCUUCGGUUAUUGGGUUAACGAGACGAAAAAUCUUCUCGAUGCGAACACGACCAAAAUAAAGAUCGAUAUAGUUGUCGCGCAAGAUGGCACGGGGAAUUUCACCGCGAUAACCGAUGCAUUGAAAACUGUGCCUGACCGAAGUCUUAAUAGGUUCGUCAUAUAUGUCAAGAAAGGGACUUACUACGAAAACGUACGAGUCGAGAAAUCCAAGUGGAACGUGAUGAUGAUCGGCGAGGGAAUGGAGCAAACCGUAGUUUCGAGCAACUUGAGCUAUGCUGGUGGAACAAAGACGUUUAUGACCGCUACAUUCGCUGUCUUCGGCAGAGGAUUUGUGGCCCGGCAAAUUGCCUUCCGAAACACAGCACCAGCCUCACAAGCUGUGGCCUUACUCUCGACCUCCGACAAAUCAGUUUUCUUCCAAUGUCUCGUCGAGAGCAAACAAGACACACUCUAUGCGCACUCCAAACGACAAUUCUACCGCGAGUGCACCAUAAUCGGGACAAUGGACUUCAUAUUUGGAAACUCGGCUGCCGUCAUCCAAACGAGCCUCAUACUCCUCAAGAACCCUUUCCCAGGCCGGACGAACGUGAUCACGGCCCAGGGAAAAUCCGACCCGAACCAAAAAACGGGCUUUUCGGUGCACAACUGCACGAUCCGACCCGCCGGGAAAGAGGGUCUUGGUGGGGCCCGCGCGUUCUUGGGGAGGCCGUGGAGGGAUUACUCGACGGUCGUUUUCAUGCAGACGUAUAUAGACGGGUCGGUCGACCCGGAAGGAUGGCUGGCGUGGGAUGCUUCACGGCCCGACCCGAGUACGGUUUUCUAUAGAGAGUAUGGUAAUUCGGGCCCGGGAGCGAAUACAAGUGGGCGGGUUAAGUGGGCUGGGGUGAAGGUUGAGCUCGACGAGAGUGAAGCGGAGAAGUUUACGGUUGGUCGGCUCAUCGGAGGACAAGAAUGGCUGCCCGAGACCCGUGUACCUUUCCGGUUAGGCCUCCUUAAAGGAAACAGUAAAAUGAGAAGUGAUUGA